CAUGCCUUAAGCCCCUAAAUCAAAUCAAUUGGAAGCCCAACACUUGAGCAAUUUCCUCGGUCUCCUCUGCUCUCUGUUUCUCUCUCUUUUCUGCAUUUUGGCUCUUCUGCUUAGUGUGUCUUUUUUGCUUGUGCUCUGUUUUUCCAAGAGGUGAUUUCUCUUUGCUCUCUGCUUCUCAAAAACAGAUUGAGUGCAAACUUUACAGAAUGUAUGCAGAUACUGGUCUCCUGCUUCCCUAUAUACAGAAUUUCUCUCAAGAUUUUCAGCAACUUGAAGAGUACUGCAAUUAUCAGAAGACCAUUGCAUCAAUGAGCAACAUAAAUCAGACCUCUACCAUAUCAGAAUAUGACCUGGGAGGAGAAGGGGAUCUCUUCAAAGCUCCAGAACCAAUAAUUGAGGAGCCACUUUUGGGCCUUGAUCCCAUGACUGCAGCUAUUUCAAUGAUCACCUGUGGAGAAGAUGUCAUCUCGUCACAAGGACUAAAGGUGGCGGAUAUUGAAUCAAUUGAAACUGAACAGCUGCUGAGUGAGGUUUUCUAUGAGUGCAAGAAGGACCUCAUGGAAAAAGCAGCCAUAGAAACACCAACCUUAGAUAUUCUGGAUAUCAAAAUUCCCAUCAUGCAGAAUGAUGAAAUCCAGGUUCAAGAGAACAACUUCCUGCCUGAUGCGCCCUUGCCAAAAAGUAUCAGCUCAGGAUGCUUGAAUUCAAUGGACUGUGUGCAAGGGGCUGCAGUGAAGCCGAAUUUUCUGGAAUUUUCUGGAGUGGAUCUUGGAACUGCUUACGGGAUGAGAAGGGCAUAUAGCGAGGGAGAUAUAAAGACUCUUGGUAAUGGAAACAUGGGCCUAAUGCAUUCUCCCCUUGAUCAGCCAUUCAUUAUCAGCAGCUGUACUGCUGAAGACCGUAGGGAAAAGCUCUCCAGGUACAGGAAUAAGAAGACAAAGAGGAAUUUUGGCAGGAAAAUCAAGUAUGCUUGCAGGAAGGCUCUAGCAGACAGUCAACCAAGGAUCCGAGGAAGGUUUGCAAAGACUGAAGACUGUGAUGUUUCCAAGAAGCAAUAGCUUUUAACUAAUCCAGGAAGAAAAGAAAUAGUCGAGUAACAUAAGGCUGGAAAAUAUGCAAGCUAAACAAGUAUUGUAAAAUAAACCAACCCCACCCCCAAGCUCCUGCUAAGAAGUUGCUAUUAUCGCUAUAAUAACCUUCUUAGUCGACCACAAUGGCCAAGUAGAGUUGUAAAUAGGGCUGUCUGGAAUAAAAAGAGCGAGCAGAAAUCAGAAAAUUUGUACUUGUUAAUAUAUGUUAUAUGAAUAUGGCAUUGCUUGUAGUUUCUCUAGUUUGUGUGUGUGAGAAAUGGCCAUCCCUUCUGUUCAUGGCACCUUUCUUUUAUGAAAUGGAAACGUUUACUCUGA